AUGAAAUAAUUAACAAAACCAGAAUUUUUAAAAAACCCACAAAAAUAUUACCCUUAAAAGGUUUUCGAAAAAUACGGUUAUACUCGUCAUAUAUGUCCAAAAUGUUCAAAUAACUAUUGGCGAAUUUCCCCUUCUUAAAAUACCUGCGGAGAUUCUUAAUGUACUGGAAAAUAUACAUUUAUAGGCGAGAAAACUGGAAUUGGUAUAUAAAAAAAAGUCACAUAUACAGAAGCUUGGAAAAUAUUCGAAAAAUCAUUAAAUAAUGCAAGAAUUUAAUGUAAAACUGUCCCCAGAUACCCAAUAGUAGCUCGUUGGAGAAAUGAUGUUGAUUUCGUCGCGGCUGGAAUCUAUUGUUUUUAGCCUUAUUGUAUGACUGGGGAGCUUUAACCGCCUGAAAACCCCCUUAUAUAGCCUUAGUUUUGUGUAAGAUUUAAUGAUUUGGAUAAUAUUGGGCUAACUGGGAGACAUUAUAGUGGUUUUGUGAUGCUAGGCAUAUAAUGUUUUAAUUAUCCAGGAAAAUACAUAUUUUUUAGUGAGGAAUGUGUUGAAUUUAAUAUAGAAUGGCUCACAAAAGGGCUAGGAAUCAAGAAAGAAGAAAUAACUUUCGUAGAAGAUGUUUGGUGUGGGGGAGGCAACUUAGGGACUUCGAUUGAAUUUUUCGUAAAAGGUCUAGAAGUGGGAAAUAUGGUAUUUAUGUAAUAUAAAUAUUCCCCAAACGGAGAUAUAUGGCCACUAGAAACUACAGUUAUAGACGUCGGAAUCGGCUUAGAAAGGAUUCCUUGGGUACUUAAUGGUAGUUAUAAUUCUUAUGUUGAUACUUUUGGAAGAUCGUAUGCUUAUUUAGUUGAUAAAUUAGGGGUUUUAAUAAUAAAAAGAUGGGUUUUGGGAAUAAAUAGGACCUUUUAUGUGUAUUUUAAAUAGCGAUGA